ACGGCUCGGCCCUACCACGACAAGUAACCGCAACCGAUAGCUUGAGAAGCACAAUAAUCAGAGACCGAGACAAACCACCUUACAGAAUCCAAAGGAAAAGAAACACAAAGAUCAAAAGUAAAGCGAAAGGAACGAUUUGGAGCUUCUCUUAGGAAAACCACGUCUCAAAGUAAUGGUAACAACAAAAAAAAAAGAAAAUAAAUAAAAGAAGAAAAAAAUCGAGAGGAAACACUCCACCAAAACAAUCUCUCGUUGAGUCCGGUUUCUCGAAAAGUGGAAAUACGGACCUCCAAGGAAGAACAGCCUUUCGUCCACACGAUGUCAUCUUUCCUUAUCAAUGGCAAAAGAAAGGAGGAGGGUCAGGGUCCAUGAUAAAGCUACAAACAACGUAGCCGUAGAGGCCUUGGAUGGACAUUUAUAAAGGAGAUGAAUUCUUCCUGAUACCCUCCUCUCAACUUGAAUAAAUCCAUAUACUCCUUUAGAUAAGUUGUUUGUUUGUUUGUUGACGGACUGAUUGUUCGCCUUGACCCAUUGCAACUUUACUGCUACUGCUACUACUGCCACUGUUGCUUUCCACUUGGACUCUUCUUUUGUGCUGGACGCCGACCUUAUUUUGUUUGUUUAUAUCAGCAUGACCAAGAUUAGCACAAAUACUACCACUACCAACGUCCUCCCUAUGACAUUGCCUGUCCAAGCGACGUCUUCCAAUGCUUUCGAGCCUUAUACGACGGCCAAUGGCUUGCGCAUUUCUCCUGCUCCUUUGCCCUCUCACAGCACCGAUGUCUCUUUCGGUGCCGUCAUUGAAGGCAUUGACGUCCGCAAGGUGACCGAUGAACAGUUUCAAGAGAUUCGCAAGGCUCUCUUUGAACACCAGGUCGUCUGCUUUCCCAACCAACACGAUCUGCCACCUGAAACUCAGUACGACAUCACCCAUAGGUUUGAUCCCGAGAGUUCCACUUAUGGCCAUGGAAAUAGCUCCAACAAGCAAAAGAAUAGCAUUCUCCAUCCAGAUCUGCACACCAUUCCCGCUGUUCCUCAGGUCCAAUUGAUCGGUCACGGCUUAAUUCAAAAUCAUUAUGGCUUGCCCGAGGCUCGUCUGAAGCAUCCCCAUCAUCGCACCUUCCAUCGAGAUCCCAUCUCUGCUGAAGAAGAGAAGGAAAAGCAAAUUACCCGCUUUUAUCGCUGGCAUAUCGAUGCUGCUCUUUACGACUAUAAUCCUCCCGUCGUCACCACUCUUUCCGCCAUCUCGAUCCCUCAGGGCACCCAAACUCUACGGUACGAUGACAAAUCAGGCCAUCAAAUGCCCGUCCCUCUCGGUUCGACUGUCUUUGCCUCUGGCUACAAAAUGUUUGAUUUGCUUACCGAUGAACAAAAGAAGAUCGCCGCUCGCACUCGCGUUCAAUACUUUCCGCACGCAUAUGUAGUUAUUCAUAGGGCUCGUGCCUUGCCCAAUGGCUUGAGCAUGUACUCAGAGGGCUUAGAACUCCCCAAGGACAAACUUCCGGAUUGGCAAGAGGACAAGAUCAAGACCUUCCCUCUUCUUUGGAAGAACCCCGUCACCGGUAAGCUUGCUCUUCAAACUCAUGGCUGCUGUGCCGAAAAGAUUUACAUCGACAAUCCAGACGGCUCCACUACGAUCAUUGAUGAUCUCGCAAAGGUCCGCGAAAUUAUCUACGAUUAUCAACGCCCUGGGAUCAACCCCGAACGUGUUUACUGUCACGACUGGAAGGAGGGCGAUUUCGUAAUCUUCCAUAAUCGCGGCCUCAUUCAUUGCAUUACAGGUGCCUAUGAUGACAGCCAAACACGCAUCCUCCAUCAAUGCAACUUAGCUGCUUCUCAUCCUCCUGUCGGUCCUACCGCUGAAGAAAUUGCUUCCAUAUAGUUAUGUUCAACCUCUUAUCCAAUAUUGCUUAACUCAAGUUCCGAGAAGGCUGGUCGACCUUGCUGCAUUUUCAUUCAUUGCUUAUGAUACGAUACGUCUUUUCGUUUUCUACCAGCAACAUCGCUUCAUAUGGUUUUCUUUCUUUUCAUUCACCACUUUUCAUGUUUACGCAGUCAUGAGUUUUUUUAUCUAAUGUAUAACAAAUUUUUCUUAAUGAAUUAACUGGUUUACCUUGUAC